AUGCAGGUCUCAUCAUGCCCUAGUGGCCGCCAAGCACCGUUCACAGUGGCUCGUAGGGCCCUGCAGUGCCGUGCAGUCGCAGCGCCGGCCGCCACUGCCGCGACAGCUGGCAAGUCCACGGAGCAGGUGCGGGUGGCGGUGCUGGGCGCUUCGGGGUACACCGGCGAGGAGGUGGUGCGCCUGCUGUCGCUGCACCCAACCUUCAAGGUCACCGCGCUGACGGGCGACCGGCAAGCGGGCAAGGAGUUUUCCGAGGUCUUCCCUCACCUGAUCACCGCCACCGACGUGCCAAGCCUGUGCAAGAUUGACGAUGUGAAAUGGGACGGCGUGGAUGCAGUCUUCUGCUGCCUGCCACACGCCACCACACAGGUGGUCGUCAAGGACCUGCCCCAGCACAUCAAGGUGGUUGACCUGUCAGCCGACUUCCGGCUACGCGACGUCAACAGCUAUGCCGAAUGGUAUGGCGGCGAGCACAAGGCUGUGGAGCUGCAGAAGGAGGUUGUGUAUGGCCUGACGGAGCUGCACCGCGAGGCUGUCAAGAAAGCGCGUGUGGUGGCCAAUCCCGGCUGCUACCCCACCAGCGUGCAGCUGCCACUGGUGCCGCUGAUUGAGGCGGGGCUUAUCCUCACCGAGGACAUCAUAAUUGAUGCCAAGUCGGGCAUCAGCGGCGCGGGGCGCAGCGCCAAGCAGAACCUGCUGUACAGCGAGGCAACUGAGGGCAUCAACGCAUAUGGCGUCACCAAGCACCGCCACAUGCCCGAGAUUGAGCAGGGCCUGGAAGACGCCGCGGGCAAGCCCGUGCGCAUCAGCUUCACGCCCCACCUGAUGCCUAUGACGCGCGGCAUGGAGUCUUCCUGUUACGUCAAGAUGGCACCAGGCAUCACCGUGGCCGACCUGCGCACAUGCCUGGAGGCCAAGUACAAGGACGAGCCGUUCGUGCACCUGCUGGCCCCCGGCUCAACCCACCACGUGCGCGGCUCCAACUACAACCUCAUCAAUGUCUUUGAAGACCGCAUCCCCGGCCGCGCCAUCGUCAUCUCAGUGAUCGACAACCUGGUGAAGGGCGCCAGCGGCCAGGCCAUCCAGAACAUGAACCUGCUGUUUGGCCUGCCCGAGGAGACGGCGCUGCUGCAGCAGGCGCUCUUUCCCUGA